AUGUCAAACACGGCUCCGGUAUCUAUAAAUGGUUGGCCAAUAUAUUACGAAAAAAUUGGUUCGGGACCUAAUAUUUUACUUAUGAUUCCCGGAGCUAUAGGAACUGGUAGUACCGAUUAUAGUGACCAGUUGUCUGGUCCAUACGCAUUUGACCAUGAUCAAUUUACAUUAAUUGCCAUUGAGCUGCCCGUAAAUCAAUUAUUUUUAUUAUAUAAAGUGUUAAAAUUAAUUUAUUUAUUUAUUUAUUACCAGACACUAGGCUAUGAAAAGUUUCAAGUGUUUGGCUGGUCCGAGGGUUCACGGGUGGCACUGGUGUUGGCCGCCGACUAUCCCGAUGUAGUCACCGAUUUGGUUGUGUUGGCAUUACCUACUUAUGCCACUGAAGUGCACAACAAAAACAUGUUAAUGACUAAAAACAUUGACAAUUGGGACAAAACUAUGAUUGACAGAUAUCUGACGGUCUAUAAGGACAGGGCUGAGUUACAGAACCUGUGGAGGCGACACAUAAUUUUUGUGGACAACUUUCCCCAAUUGUUUCCUAAAGGCAUUUGUUAUAAUAAAUACGAUAGUAUUAAGUGUCGCAUACUAUUACUUCAUGGAGAUCGGGUACGGGUGUGGGAUCCAUUGGUUCAAUUGGAGCAUGUUGAACAUUUGCAAGCUAACUUACCGCAAACUAAAGUACAUAGGUAA